UUUACCGUGAAAUUCACAUUUUUCUUUUAAAUGAAACAACAUUUAAUUGUUAUAUUUUGGAAUAUAAGCGUUUCAGCUUUAAGUUCUAUGGGAUUUCAAGCUACCAUCAGCAAUCAAAUUAUUUUGUUUAGAGAUAUUUAAUAUAUCGGUUGUGUUUGUAAGGUGUGACGGCCACACUAUAGGUCGGUUUCCAUGACAAUUUCAAUUGAGAACUAGUGAAGCGUGAUAAAUAAAAAGAGACUUGAAAACAGUUCAACCGGUACGCCAUUGACGCAGGGACAUUGUGCACUAGCGAAGAAUAGCCACCCAGUAAUAAUCAAAAAAAUUCCUAAAAGUUUCCCAGCAGAGAUCCGCGCAUGCGAGAAAAACUCUACGACGCCUUGGAUGAGAAAAGAAACGGGCAAACGCCCAGCAUAUCUCAUGACAGUGGACAGGCUCAUCCUUUUUAGUCUGUCCAUCACAAUAGUCCAGAAUGGACGACCAACUGGCUUCCUUCGUCAACUCCAGCAGCGCUCCGCAUCAUUCGCCGAUGAUUUCGUUCGAUUUCAACGUCAUGAAACAGAACCUCACGUCCGUCCAAGAGUUGUACCGCACCUCGGCCGUCACGGUGGCCAUGUUUCUCAAUUGCCUCGUCAUUUUAGUGGUGAGCAAUUCCCGCCAAUUGCGUUACCCCCGUCACGUUUUCUGGGCGGCCGUUUCGCUCUUCGAAUGCCUAUUUCUAUUGGAAUGCAUCCUGGAACUGGUCGUUGUUAAUAAUCACGACGAACUGGCCUGCCGGAUCUUUAUUCUCCUCUGCCCGGUCGACUAUUCCAUCCUGUUGAUUUGCCUGGCCAUGGCCGCCUUCGACCGCUACUUGGCCAUCGCCCGCUACGAGUGGUACAAGGAAACGGUCACCAAUCGCGGCGUCGUUGCCACCGUUUCAGCCGCUUCGGCCGUGACUUUUGUCGUCGUGACGAUUCCCUUCUGGACGGACCACCAGUCGAUUUACACCUGCACCCUCAACUUGUCCCACGUCCACUGGGUGUACGUUUUGAAUUUUCUGCUGGGCAUCGUUUGCGUCCUGCUCCACGUCAAGAUCUUCUUGGCAUCGAAAUCCGUCAUCCGCCAGUAUCUGCCCAGUUAUCCCGCGACGUCGGUCACCGUGACGUUCGUCAAGGACCGGAGCAAAAUCCGGCCGUCCCUUUUCUCCGGACCGGAAGGGGUGGAAUCGUCUCCGGAAACGGCGGAAAGAGUUUUCAUUACAUUUCCGGAAAAUGCGACCGCUUCCAAAUCGGAUCACCUGGUCAGAAUCGAUCCUGGAGAUUCGCCGGAUCAUCAAGGAACUGCUGACGGCCAUUCCAGCGGUCAAUGUUUUCUAAAGGAGCCUGGCGGGCAGACGAAAAUCAACCGAUUGGAAGUGCGGGCAGCGCUGGACAUGUCCGUCAACGUCCUGCCCUUUUGGCUGUGCACAUUCCCCGUCUCGUCUUACGCCAUGGCCCUGUACUGGUGCGUCAAACUCGAAGGUGACUGCGACGCCGUUUUCCUGACGUGGACGUACAUGUGGGACGUUUUCCUCCUGCACAGCAUCUACAAUCCCGUCAUGUACAUGUCGACGAGUACGGAAUUCCGGCGGGCCCUUUCCCACAUCGCCAGGAAGUUGAUCAACACGUUCCACAUUGAAGUGUACGAACAUUGACAGGAGUUAAUUGACACUUCAUAUUACUUGUUGCUGUGUCAAAAGUCUUUUCGCGCUUAUUUUCAAACGGAGAAAGUUGGGUCGACACGUUUGUCGGCGUUUAAUUAAUUUCAACUCAAACACAUCAACUGCGUGUUUACUGUUUACUCUGUGGAGACAUGCAUGUGAUGUUGCGUGUUGGUGUGUGUCGACUGUCGAGCGCUCCUACUAAUCAGUUCCCUGCCGCAAACAGCUGCUGGUUGCAAACAUUGACGAGUCCCUUAUGAGUUCCUGUCUGUACUAUACCUCGCAAAGCUCAUUGGUCUUUUUUCUUAAUUAUCAGACAGAGUUGCUUGUAAAAUAAUUAUUUGUCGCAAAACUAAUUUCUUGUAUGUAACACCACACGAGUGGAGGAUCAAAUGAUUUGAAAUAUUUAUGAGGUUUAUACCCUCCAAGAGAUUUAUAUUGACUGAAUCAUUGAAUAUAUUUAAUAAACGGAACAC